CCCAUCGCACGGCUAGCAGCCUCUCGCAAUCAAUGUGCUCCGGCAUUGCGGCCGAACGCGGCGUGGCGGUGCCAUGGCCACCGAGUCCGAGCCGGGAUUGUUGCCGCAGCAGCAGCGCGUGGCGGUGCCGCAACAGGAACUAACUUCCGCUCUUCGCUCGCGCCGGAAGCAGACGCACGGACGAAGCCAGCGUGUCGUUGCGGUCGCUUCAGCGCACAUCCGAUGCUGUCGUCGAUGAGCAGGUGUCGUUUCGCCGCAAGUGAACGCCAGGCCGAGGUUGUGUGGUGCACAGUCACUCGCGCCUUGCGGUGAUCGGAUUCGGACUCAGAAAUAGUGGCAGGAAUGCCGCACUUUUUUUACGAAUGAGUUUUUAAGCCACUUCGGCGAGCGAAGGACAUUAUCCGGUGACAUAUUCCGGUCGUGACGCAGCUCAAGCCUGCAUUUACGUGUGGGACGUGUGACUGAACGCCGUGGUUUCUGCCAACGUAAGGAGUGCCUGUGAUACCAGGAAAAGACGACUCCGGUGUUGUGGUCGGCGUCUGAUGUGCUCGUGAUCUGACGCAAAGGGACCCAAGACGCUGGCCGAUUAACCAGGCUCCUCACGGAGGAAUUAUUCGUGCACAUUGGCUGUUGGGCUACGUGUAUUCCAGUCGACAAUUAAUGCACUAAUACCCACUUGCGUGCCUGCCAAGGACGUGGUAGACCUUAAUCGAAACUUUCGCUUUGCACCUUGCUCGCUUCAACUGCAGGUCGUUGUCAGCAUUUUUGUUUUUACUUUCAUCUAGUGCUCCGCGCCGUCGAACCUGCCGCCGGAGCAACAGUUGACGACUGCGAGCUCUUUCGGGGACUCUGUCCAACAGGUACGCUGCACGGGACGUCUCCAGCGACUGAGACAAUCCGACUCUCAUUUGGGAAUUUAUUUGCUUCGUGCAUACGGAAUCAGCUUUAAUAGCUGGAUACGUCUAGCGCUCUACGCUCACAUAACUGCUCUUGCUCAAGUUAUUUGGCCAGUUGAAUAGGCAUCUCGUGUGUGGCCGCAGCGCCUUCUCAGCCUCGAGACAGCUGUCUGGUGGAUUACUGCCGAAGCUUUCCCCGAAGAUCACGUCAUGUGAUUGGCCUCGUGCACCAUCGUGGAGCGACACCCGCAACGCCGCCGUUCCCGCCGCGCCACAAUGGAAGCGGCGUCUAUCGAGAGGCAGUGGAGAGCUGGGUCUACGCAAGGCUAGUGUCGAUCCUUUACUCGCUGGCGAACCCGGCAUUUUGUGCUCCCAGGUGACCUGUUCGUUCUGUCGCGGUAACCAAGACAGCCGAGUCAACAAAGGUGCCCAAUCGAAAGACGCAUCGGAAGCAAAGUCGCCGCCGCAGCCUAAGGAAUGGGAUGGCUCGUCUCUACCGGCUGGCGGCACACCGUCACGGUGUCCUGGGCGCUGGCGGUGAUCCUAGCGACGUUCGUCGGCAAAUGCUUGGCGACGUCGACGCCGCCCGCAGCGUGGGAGGCCGAGGUGACGACGACCGACGGGCCGCCGACGUUCGUGCCGUGCCGCCUGUCCGAGCUGACGUGCGACAACGGCCGCUGCGUGGCGCUGUCCCGGUUCUGCGACGGCUCCGACGACUGUGGAGACGGCUCGGACGAACCGCUCGGUUGCUCCAACUGCAACCGCACCCUGUUCGGCGAAGUGGGCGCCAAGAACCCGCUGCGCAUCGCGGAGCCCUUUCAGCGGAACCUGCCCUUCAUCUGCACGCUGUACUUCAUCGCGGCCGGCGGAGAGUUCGGUGACAUCGUCGAGCUCACAUUCCUCAACUUUCAAGUGGGCUCACUCGAGAUGGACAGGAACCAGUCGGCGACCUGCUUCAAUGGCCAUCUCCAAGUCAUCGAGCCUGCAACGUCAGCGCCCGUCGUGCGAACCCCGCAGACCCGAGGCUUCAGCCAGAUCCUGUCCGCGGUGCGCGGCGAACCGGCCACCCCGCACCUGACGUCCCUCUACGAUGGCUCCGGCGGGGAGCCGGAGUUCGGCCACUUCUGCGGCGACAUGGCCACCAAUGGCGGUGGCGCAACCUUCUUCUCGGACCGCAACAAUGUCACGCUGGUCGUGUCCGUGCCCAGCCGCGCCUCCCUGCAUGCGUUCAGCUUCAGCUUGUAUCUGACAUUUCGGUUUCACCCUAAGAGGCCCUCCCGCACGCGCUACGGCACAUCCGACAGCCCCUACGACGUCGGCAUCGCGACUGCAGGGACGUACUGCGACCGCAUCUUCGAGCAUUGCGACCGCAAGCAGUGCAAAAUCCGCUCGCCAAACUUCCCGGGAUUUUACCUGCGCAAUUUCACCUGCACGUUCACCGUUCGUCAAAUGGUGGCUCCACCUGGGAAGCAAGCGCAGAUCGUCCUCUACCAAGACAACGAAUACAAGAUCUCCAUUUACACUGGCCGCAGUACCGCGACGACCUUCUCCCAGAGGGCGCUCACCAUUGACUGUCUCGGGGACGUUGUCAAAAUCUACGACGGGCCCAGCGCGGACAAUUCCCCGCUGCUGAGUGAGUUCUGUGGCACUGGUGUGCUGCCGGAAGUGGUAUCCAGUGGACCGGAAGUGACGGUGGUGCUCCGCAGCGUGACCGCGCAGCAGUUGCACGGCUCGCGGCUUGAGCUCAAUGUGAAGGUGCGCUUCGUGGACGUGGAGGAAUUCAGGCUCGGUCAGGGCAGGUGUGAUUUCCACAUCGACGGCAAGGUGGAGCGCCAAGGCCUUGUCCACACGCCGGCACACACGGUCCCGCCCAACACUACUUGCCGGUACCGCUUUCACGGCAGGUCGCCCACCGAUCGCGUCUGGGUCUACUUCCUCUCGUACUUCGUCGAAGACAAGCACCGCUGGUCGAGCGAAGAGAAGUGUGACGUGUCUAGCAUCGAAGUCCUGGACGUUCCUCUGCAAAGUUCCAGGCCGCCCGGAAACAACAGUUCGAGCGAAGCCUCUAACGCCAGCGCUGCCGUGGACCUUCCCGGAAUGUCGUACCGCUUCUGUGAAAAGAACUCUCCUCGCAUAUGCGCGAGAGCUGCAGAAUAUCCUCAGUUCAUACCACUUCGUCCAUGUAGGCACCCUGAUGAGUCCUACCUGUCUAGCGGACCCGAGCUGCUUCUCCAGCAAAACUUCUACAAAACCGUGGAGCUGCCUGUUCGCAGAAGCUCCUUCUCGGCUCGGUACGAGUUUGUGGACACCGAGCAACAGGGCGCGGACAUGGGACCGCGGCAUGGGCCUUGCCAUAGGCACUUUCAGAGCAGCAACUCCAAAUUUGGCAUGGUGGCCUCACCGAAAAACGUCUUUCUGUAUGGUCGCGGAGGCCGUGAGAACGUCACCUGCUCGUACUACUACUCCGGCAUGUCCUCUGAGAAGCUGAGGCUUUACCUCGUCACCUUGAACCUACCGACAUCGGGAUGCGAACACUACUACGACGAAGUAACGCAGAGGUACAAUUGCCGCGUUACCGGUCGCCAGUCGAGUCGCAUCUCGCUUUUGCAUGUCAUGGACCACUGGGGUGACACUUACACUCCAAUCGGCUGUUUCUGCAACGUCACCUCGCAACCCCGCAAGCCCAUUCUCAUCGAGUCGGUGGGCAACAACGUCACGCUGACGUUCACCAUAAGCGGCAUGACUUCGUUGGAGGAUUUCAACAACUACGGCUUCGAGGCGACGUACGAGUUCCGGCCUGCGACUUCAUGCGACACCAGCACGGAGCUGAGGAACGGCUCGCAGGGCGAGCUGACGUUCACGGCUCCCGCCAGCGUGGCCGACCAGGAACUCCCGCUGCGGUGCCGGUGGUUCAUCGAGGCCUCGCCCCGCAAGUACCUCUACCUGAAGUUCCAGGGCCGCGACGGGUCCCGCGGGUGCCCCGACUCGGGAAACAGGUUCGUGGUGUACGCAGACGGCAUCAUGCAGCCCGUGGCUGUCGUCUGCUCCGGCGGCAUCCACGAGGAGACGUCGCUGUCCUCGUCCACGGACUUCGACAUCUUCUCGGCUUCGUGGUACAAUGACUCUACCGAGCGGCAGCACCACGCCCUGGCAGACCGCGUGGUGAUCGAGGUGGUCGCGUUUCGCGCCGCGCAGUUCCGGUUGCGGUGGCUGGAGGUGACCAGGCCUUUCCUGAAGACCUCGUCGGGGCUCACGCUGCGAAACGUGAACUGCCUCUACGAGUGUCCAGAGCUCAGCGCGUGCAUAUCGCCUGAGCUCUGGUGCGAUGGCACCGUCCACUGUCCCUCGGGACAUGACGAGAAGCCCGAGCACUGCCGGCGCUUCCCGACCUUCUACGUCGCGCUGGGAGCCGGCGCAGGCUUCGUCGUCAUCUGCGCCGGACUCGCGGCCGCCCUGCUGUGGUGUCGGGGCAAGGACAAAACCAAGGAGGAACCGCGCAUGCGCCCCGCCGACGAAAUGCAGCUGGAGAGCCCGGACAGCUGACCCUGGCAUUCGAUUCUGGACCCCGCGGUCGACGGUCCAGAAUCGCAGGAGACGGCUGUGGCUUCCACGGGCACGCCCGUGGUACGCCCCAUCGACGUGGUUAUGUCCAUGAUGCCCGCUUCUGGUGGCAUACCGGCGGCACUGCAGGGGACGCUCUCUUCGUCCAGGGCUCGGCGCACGGACGUGUCCCCGCCACCGGCGUACACGGCCGCCGACGCAGCGGCGGACAUCUACGUCAUCAAGACGAUGAGGUCGCCCUGCCUUUAGUACGACGACGUUUGUGCUUGCUGUGCAAGUGAAAACUACUGCAUUGCCUUGAAACUAACCGAAUGAACGGUAGGUGCGUGGUGGUGGUGAAUCUGGGCCACCGCUUUGUCCACAUUAAACCUCGGACACGUCCUGGUAGCGCGUGGUGCCACGGCUGCAGCGUAAAAGGAUUGAAGCCUUUGCCUCGUGAGCCACCUAAACCAAGGUGCGUCGGUACUGAGCGUGCUCAUCGUGUUUUUUGUGAUCUUCGAUGUCGUCCAGGGAGUUCUGACUCUUUUAAGUGUAGCGUUCUAUAUUGUGAAAACAUACCACCGUUAAAGAAAAAAAAAGAAACGAGAAACGAAUGUGUUAUCGACUGUUCUGUAUAUACUGAUGGCGUCUUGCGAAAGACAAACAAAAUGCUCACACUUGUGAUGUAGUGUCUUAAAGGGUGCAUGCAUCGUGGCAGAGUUUAUAUUUCUCCUUAAAAUGAUAAGGGGGCAUAUUCCGUAUAUAUGACAAUUCGUUCGGCCUCGGAGUAAAGUAUUAGCCAAGUAUAUGUACGUAACAGGAGUUCAAUGUGUUUUAUGUGGUUCCAGCACUUCUCUUUGACAACGUCUCUUAAGUGUCCGUCUACGUCUACGUCUACCUAAGAUUUCUUCGCCACUUUAUACUCCAGCUUACGUCAAGUAUUUGGUGCCGCUUAAUCACAUUCGGCUUAAUAAUUCACUCGGCCAUACUGUUACCAAAUGGCAGAGGUAUACAUCCAGUUGCGCAAGAAAAGAAAGAAAAAAGAAUUCGGCAUUAUGACAAAAUAAUUUUUACAUCAGUAAUGAAUCGUUUACAUAAUUUUUCCUAACUUUAUGAGUAUAUCGAAGUGACCGAGUUGCUUCAUUUUCUCAUAAAACAUAUGUAAUUAAUUGCAUCACUUGCUCGAUAAAAUUACAAUAUUAAAAAGCAUUAUUACUGUGGUCUCCAGAGAAACAUUUAUGCUCUCCCUUGCCUUAUUACCAAAUAGACAAACAAGAUUUCUAAGUUUCAGGAUGCGAAGUGCUUGAUUGUAUGUGUAUGUCACGGAAAGAGCUGUCCAAGCGAGUUUGUUCACAGCGUGAUGAGCUGAUAAUUAAGUGUGAAGUGCCCGUUUCGUUCAUGUCAAUCUUCCUUGAAACUUCAACAAUGCCCAGUAACACAAUUACCUUUCCAGUCAAUCCUCAUAACGACUAGUACGCUACAAACAAAGAAAACCUACUUCGACUUUAUGUUUGUUAGUUUGCGUGUACAAAGCAGGAUUUUCCUGUACAGGUGGAUAAACUGGCCGCGUCUUGUUCGUUUUGCUAAAGACGCCUUUGUCCCAACUAACGAGGUAAAUAUAUGACGUAGAAAAUCAGUUCAGAGGAAGCACACAAGUUGGAGGAAAAUUAUUGAAAGGGAAAAAGUAUGAUCAUGCGCUGAUAAAGCAUCGUGUGGCCUGUUGGUAUGUUGGUGCUGCAACCUGAAUUGCAGCACGCUAGAACGAGAUCACGGGUUCCAUUCUCAGCCAUAGCAGCCGCAUAUGGGGCGGGGGGUUAUAGGGGAGUGCUAAACGCCAAAUGCAUUCGUGUACUUAGAUUGCGGUGCACCUUAAGGAACCCUGUGCGGCUAAAAUUAUACCGGAGCCCUUAUCCCUACACCCCUUAUCUCAUAGUCGCAGUGGUAUUUGGGACAUUAAACCCCUCGAAUUAAUCAAUAAAUCCGUCGAAAAUAAAAUAUUACGUUGGCGUACUUGGUUGUCUGUGACGGCAGAAUUAUAUCGCACAAGAUAGCGUAAAUUUUAUCUAAGGCUGAUAGCUAGAGUGUAAAUUGCUACUUACAAAUGGUGCCGCGCGACUGUGAUCCGAUGGCUGGGUAGAAUGUAUUUUGGUUAACACUCCUGAUUUAAAUUUGAGAAGGAUUAAAUCCAGUGUUCAUCCCAAUGUGCAAAAGAUCUCAGGAGGAUAUGGGUAUAUACGCCGGGAACAUCUAUGACCCCAUUUUAUGGUCGCAAUUCAGCACUGAACAGGCAUUUUGCUAGCAUAACUGGCAGAAAUUUAUUGUAAAAGUUUAGUAUGCUAUUGAUAGUACUGUACUCAGCAAUCAUGGCAAGACAUAAAUAAUUGAUUUAUACACAGUGUGUUUUUUCUCAAAAGUACAAAAUUUUUAUAAAGAAUGCUAUGAGCGUCGAGAGCGUGGAGCUUUGGCUGAGGAGUUUUUAGGCGAGGAAGAUUUAGAAGAGUGAUUAGCCAAAAUUUGUUAAUUGCCUCUUUAUUAAAACCUUGGACGCAGUUGCUUGCAUGAAACAUCUGGAAACAGCAAUAUUUUAAUGCAUUACCAUUCUUUAAAUAUUGUAAAUGUCACCUAAUUCUAGAUACUUCUAAUGGAAUUGCAAUGCUCAAUCCAGGCAAUGGCGCAAUUUGUUCUGAGAAACCGACAGCAUAUAGACAUAGACUCAUUAGUCGUGGAAGACCGCACUGUGCUGCCGGAAUGGUUUUUUUAGUGGAUUCCAUGCAGUUGUGGCGUCUGCAGCGGUGCAACUUUAUUUGUCGAGGGUAAUACGUAUGCGGCUGUGAAAGAAUAUACGAAUAUGAAAUACUUUGUACGAUAGUUUGGAUGUAGUGUCAAAUAAUGCUGGUUUCUCAUUUCACGUUUGUGCAGAUAAAGCAAUGAAUGAAACUGUAUAAGACGCUGAGCUGUUUGAAUGCGUUUUUAUUUUCCUUUCAAUCAAAAGAACAUUAAAAUGCUGGAUUUUA